AUGCCUUCUGAAAAGAUUAAACUGUUUGAUGCACGAAAACUUUUUACUUCUCAAGAAAAACGAAAUAUUUUUAUUUAUUUAAUUGGUAUAAUGCUUUAUAAAUUUGGUAUUGAAGCAUUUGUUGGUGCUAUAAUAACACUUGCUACAAAUCGUUAUGAUCAAGAUGCAUAUAAAACUAAUACAUCAACACGUACAUUUGAAAAAGUUGGAUUAAUUAUUGGUCUUAAUCAAGCAUCUCAAUGUAUAGGAUCUGUUUUAAUUAGUCCACUUGUUAAACGUUGGCGAAUACAAUUUGUUCUUUCAAUAACAAUUUUUAUUUUUGCAUUAUCAACAGCUAUAUUUAUGAUUAUUGAUGUUACAACUGGUGGACGUAUAAAACCCAAAGAUUUUAAACCUGAACAUAAAAGUGAUUUUAAUUAUUAUGGUAAUUAUCGUACUGAUAUUAUUAUACCAAUUUAUUGUAUAUCUGGUAUAACACUUGGAAUGGUUGAAUCAAUUCGACGUAUUAUUCCAGUUAAUAUUGUUGGUGAUGAUAUAAUUAAAUUACGAAAAAUGAAUGCUAUUGUUCAUGUUUUCUAUGAAUUAUCAGGUGUUAGUGGAGCUUUAAUAACUGCUCUUGUAUUAAUUCCUCGUUUAGGAAAUAAUUAUGCAUUUAUUAUAACACCUAUUCUAUUUACUAUAUCAGGAUUAAUUUGGUUAUUAAUUCAUUCUAUUUCUAAACAAGAAAAUAAUGUUAAAUGUGAACAAUUUAUUUCAUAUGUAAAAAAAUCAAAAUCAAAUUUUCUUAAAGAAUUUAUAAAACCACUUGUAAUUUUUAUUCAAUCAAUUUAUAUUGGUGGAAAAAUAGUUUUUACAAAUCGAAAAUUUAUUUGGUUAUUUAUUGUAUAUCCAUUAGCAAUUUAUUCACAUCGAUAUAUUGAAAAUAGUAUUAGUCCACAAAUUGCAAGACGUUAUUUAGGUCAUUCGGAUUGGUCACAAAUUCUUGUUAGUGGUUCGAAUUUUGGAGAAUUACUUGGAGCUUUAUUUGUAUUUUAUUUCAAUGAUAUUAUUAAAAGUCCGAUAUUACCAGUACGAUUUGAUGCAUUAAUGUUAUUAAUUAUUUGGUAUAUUCCAUUUUAUUAUCCACCUAUUAAUGAAAUAAAAUAUGCUUGGAUUAUAUCAGCAUCAUUAAUACCAAUUGGAUUUGCUUCAGCUAUUGGUGAUAUAUCUCUUGAUGCAUAUAUACAAUCAUCUUUAACACGUCUUGAAUCAAAACAUAAAAAUGUAUCACCAUUAGGUGCUGUUAUAUCAUUUCUUUAUUCAACAUAUAUUAUUAUAUAUUCAAUAGCAAAUCCACUUCUUGGUAAACAUAUUGAUUAUAUUUAUAAUAAAAAUGGAACUGUUCAUCAAGCACUUAUUUAUACAGCUAGUGUAUUAUUAACAAUUAUAUUUAUUUUAAUGUUUUCUGCAACAUUUAUACCAAAAGGUACUCUUACAUUUAAUCCAGUAUUAAUUGAUGAAGAUGACAAUACUAUGACAAAUGAUAAUCAUGAAAAAUUAAAUGCAAUACUUCAUGAAAAUGUUGAUCUUGAUUAA